AUGGCGGUCAUGGCAUCUGCACACCCCGAGCUUACUUUCCCUCCACCGCCACCGUUUCCACCUCAUUUAUACUCUCCCGCUCCACCUGAUGGCAAUGAAGACAGUUAUGUCUUUCCCAAGGAAAAUUAUGGACAUUGGAGCAUACGCGUGAAGGCGUUGCUCGGCUCACAAGAGGCAUGGGAAGUUGUAAAGAAAGGUUGUGAUGAACCAGAGAAUGAAGUAGCUUUAAGUCAAGCUCAAAGGAAUGCCUUACAAAGAUACCACAAGUUAGAUCAACACACUCUCUCUUUUAUUCACAUGGGCUUAGAUGAAGCCAUGUUUGAGAAAGUUACUUUCUUAACAAAAGCUAAGGAAGCUUGGGAGAUAAUUGAGAACGGUUUCAAGGGAAUUGAAAAACUAAAGAAGCGGUACGAGGAGAAUAUUGAAGAAUGUCAUAUCAUCGAGAAAAUUCUUAGAUCACUUGGCUCAAAACUUGAGUUUGUUAGUAUUGCCAUUAAAGAGUCUAAUAACUUGGAUACCAUGAUCCUUGAUCAACUCAUGGGGUCCUUGCAAGCAUAUAAAGAAAGAUUGAAGAAGAAAGGAGAACUGGUGGCUCAAGUUCUCCAGACGAAUGUCUCCUUGGGAGGUCAAGAGAAAGAGAAAGAGCAAGAACAAUCUCAAGGAAGAAGUCAAAUUCAUGGUCGAGAUCGUGAUCAUGGUCGUGGUCGCGGAGGAGAUUAUGGUCAUGGUAAUGUAAGAAGUGAUGGAAAAUAA